AUUUUUGGUAAGGCACUUCUCAAGCUGGGAGAAGAGAUGGCCCAUCCAUUGCUCAUCUUUCUUCUUCUCGUGGCUCAUCCACUCAUCUUCCUGCCGCGUCCUGCUGCAAUCCUAGCUGCAGAAUCGGCCAACGAAUCCGAGAUCGACCGGCAAGCCCUCCUCUCCUUCCUGCAGGGCAUCACCUUUGACACCCUUGGCGUUCUGAGCUUAUGGGGGGGCAACGCCUCUCUCUACUGCAGCUGGAGAGGGGUCACAUGUGGUCGUGCUCUUCCAUUCCGCGUCGUUUCACUGCAGCUCAACUCUCUGCAGCUGGUCGGAGAACUAUCGCUUUCUCUUGGCAACCUUACUUCAUUAGCACGGCUGGAUCUCGGAAACAACCUGUUUUCUGGAGGCAUCCCUGAGGAGCUGGGCAAUGGCCUGUCUCUCAGCUACGUCAACCUUGCAAACAACAGCCUCACUGGCGGCAUCCCUCCCGCGCUGGCCAGAAGCUCAUCCUCCUCACUCAGCAAGCUCAUCCUCUCUCGCAACAACCUUUCUGGUCAGAUCCCUGCUACUCUGUUUGCUAACGCAUCUGCACUUACUAGGGUUGAUCUCCGGAUGAACUCUCUGACUGGUGCUCUCCCGCCUUUCGGUAGGGUCACAUCCCUCAAGUACCUUUGCGUCACUGAGAACUUCCUUUCUGGGAGCAUACCUCCUUCAGUAGGAAAUGUUUCUUCCCUCCGCUUCAUGUUGCUAGGCCAGAACAAGCUUACAGGAUCGGUUCCAGAAAGUUUGCGGCACAUUUUGAGACUUCUUGACCUGGAUCUGAGUUUCAAUAGCUUAUCAGGGUAUGUCCCCUUGCCUCUUUACAACGUGUCUUCGCUCAGGUACUUCAGCUUAGGCAGCAAUGCCCUUGCUGGGCAGGUACCAUCUGACAUUGGUUACUCGCUACCAAAUCUCCAAGUCCUCAUCAUGCAAAACAAUAAUCUGGCGGGCCUGAUCCCUACUUCUCUAGAAAAUGCGUCAAGUCUCCAAGUUCUUGACCUUUCCAACAACUCCCUGCACGGCCGUGUUCCAUCUCUUGGGUCGUUGGCAAAACUGCGCCAAGUGCUUUUAGGAAGGAAUCAGCUAGAAGCAUAUGACUGGCAAUUCCUUGCCUCCCUAACAAAUUGCACCCAGCUGACAAAACUGUCCCUGGAGGGAAACAUGCUGAAUGGCAGCCUACCUGGAUCAAUCAGUAAUCUUUCCACAGGCCUACAAAGUUUGUUGCUUGGGUCCAACCAAAUAUCAGGCUCCAUACCUGUUGAGAUAGGCAAUCUUGUUAACCUGACUAUGCUUAGCAUGGAAAACAAUUUGCUCUCAGGAGGCAUACCAGCUACAGUGGGGAAACUGCGGAACCUAUUUAUCCUGAACCUGCCCAAGAAUAAAUUGUCAGGUCAGAUACCAUCAUCAAUUGGUAACAUUAGUCAAUUGGGAAAGCUUUUCCUUGAUGACAAUGACUUGAGUGGAAGCAUACCUGGUAGUUUAGGUGGGUGCUUGGGGCUGGUUCAACUAAACUUGUCCUAUAACAGCCUUGAUGGUUUCUUACCGAAGGAAUUAUUUACUGGUCCUUCCCUUUCUUUCGGUUUGGACGUCUCACGCAACAAUCUCACAGGGGAAAUACCAGAGGAAAUUGGCCGACUGGUAAAUAUCGUUCUUCUAAAUGUUUCCAACAAUCUGUUUUAUGGAGUAAUUCCUAGUGCACUAGGCGGAUUAUCUGCUCUAUCGUCCCUCCGAAUGGGAUCGAACAAGCUUCAAGGACCAAUUCCUGCAAGUUUUGAAAUGUUACUCUCUAUCCAGGACAUCAAUCUUUCUCGGAAUGAGUUACACGGUAAUGUCCCAGAAUUCUUGGAGAGACUGACUAUGUUAGAAAAACUCGAUUUAUCUUACAACAACUUGGAAGGGCCAGUUCCUACUGGUGGCCGCUUUCUAAAUUCAAGUCUUGAUGUAAUUUUGAAUGGGAACAAGGGACUAUGUUCAAGUUCAAGGUCCUCCAAACUAGCACUACCAAAUUGUGAUGGGGCACCUGAGACAAAGAACCAUGCGUUGUUGCUGUUGGUACUAAUACCACUGGUUGCUAUAACUUCAGUUCUAUUGCUGUGGUUUCUGGUAACUCUUUGGAAGAAAAGGGUGUUUGAAUUUCCACAGUGGAAGGACUUUGCUAUAACUAAAUUUCUAUGUUUCAUUGCCCAGCCGAAGAGAAGUGAAGUGCAAACUUUACCUCGCAACUGUGAGACACUGAAGAAAGUGUCGUAUAGCGACAUCCUGAGAGCUACCAACUGUUUAUCUUCAGUCCAUGCAAUCAGCUCUACCCGCACCGGAUCAGUUUAUGUUGGUAGGUUCAUGUAUGACAGAAGCCUAGUGGCCAUCAAAGUAUUCAACUUGAAUGAAGCUGCAGCAUACCAGAGUUACUUCACUGAGUGCGAGGUACUACGAAGCACGCGUCAUCGUAACUUGAUGCGACCUGUGACUCUAUGCUCGACAGUGGAUACAGGAAACCAUGACUUCAAAGCGCUAAUCUUCAAGUUCAUGGUCAAUGGCAGCCUUGAAAGAUGGUUGCACUGUGAGUACUACAGUGGCAUGCCGGAGAGAGUGUUAAGCUUAGGCCAGCGCAUAUGCAUCGCCGCAGAUGUGGCUUCUGCUCUGGAUUAUAUCCACAAUCAGGUUACUCCUCCCUUGGUCCACUGUGAUCUGAAGCCAAGCAACAUCCUUUUAGACAAUGACAUGACUGCUCGUCUCGGUGACUUUGGGUCCGCAAAGUUUCUAUUUCCAGGACUCAUCAUUCCAAAAAGCCUGGUCGAAGUUGGAGGAACAAUAGGAUACAUGGCACCUGAGUACGGCAUGGGCUCCGAAAUCACCACAGGAGGAGAUGUGCACAGCUUUGGAGUGCUUCUUCUGGAGAUGCUAACCGGAAAGCAGCCGACCGAUGAUUUGUUUGUUGAUGACCUUAGCCUCCACAGUUUUACUCACUCCAUGUUCCCAGAUAGACUUGCAGAGAUCAUAGAUCCUCAUAUGAUGCGUGAGGAAUCACAACCGGGUACAGAGGUAUGGAUGCAGAGCUACAUCAUCCCCCUGGUUGCGCUUGGAUUUUCAUGUUCCAUGAAAUCUCCAAAAGAAAGGCCUGGGAUGCGAGAUGUGUGCGCAAAACUCUCUGCUAUCAAAGAAGGCUUUACCAAGUCUCAUACUGGUUCACAGUUAGCAGUGUAGUAGAUUGUUAGUGGAAGUCUGUCUAUUUGACGGACCGACUGAAACAAUGUUUUGCCGAGAAGAUCACUGAAAUUCAUAUGUGAAUAGCUGGUAACGUGAUCCGUUGUUCUUAUCUGCAAAUGCACGUCACUUGUGGGAGAUGUAGUGUGGUAGUACUAUUAAUCAUUAACCAGCAGCAAAACAGCUAGUUUUUUUCACCA